GGCAAUUGCAUUCGCUCUUCAAAGCAAAGAGUCUCCCACUUCUGGUAUUUUGUCAUGUUUGUUGGUUUUGUCUCUGACUCUGGCUUUAGUUUUAGCGGUCUGUAAAUGGAGGUAAAGGGAAAACAUGGACCGGAGACAGAGAGCUACACGCUUCGUGGAGGGACUUGCAGAAAAAUUCUUCAAAGAAACACAUGGAGGGUUUGUUUCUGCAAAAGAUAAGAAAUCAUACCUCAUGAAGUCAUUUUCAUUACUGGCUCAAGGAAGACUAAAGAGGGAGCUCGUUAAAUAUCGGUCCUUGUACUGUAAGAGAUUCAGACGGUGCAUCAAGAACCUGAAGGAAAACCAAGAUGCUCCUGGAGACCAUGAUGUGGUUAACUGUGGACAAAGUCUUCAGAACUUUGAAGACACUCUUACUGUUUCUGUUGACCAAGGAACAUCCAAGAUGGAAGUUGCAAAACAAGAAACAAAGGAGAUGCCAUCUUGUUCCAAGGAAAUAACAGACAAUACACCUGCUAGUGACAAUCAGCAUGGUAAAGCUUGUUCUCCAAAGAAACAGUCCAUAUCUUGUAUUCCACCAGAUUCUCCAAAUGAGACAAGAGCUGAUUGGACGAGCAUAAAGGAUCAUUGUGUGAAAAGAUCCAUGAGUGUGAAUGAGCUAUGUACAGAAAUGACGGUCUUGUUUCAUCAAUGUGUAAAUGCCUCCCUCAAUGACAAGAUGAACCAUGCAGUUAGGUUUUUUAGAAAAGAAGUUGCUGGUAUUCUCAAGCAUAAGAACAGUGCAAGAGCUUCUGAUCUUGCCAAUGCUCUACAUAGUAUCAUGCUAUUUUUCCACUUCAAGUGUGACAUUUUGCGUACAGACCACAAGCAGGUAAAUAAACAACUUUUAUGUAAGGAUGCUGCCUACAGAUGUCUCAUGGCUACUAUGUUCUCGCUUUACUCUAGUUUGAAUAUGAUCAUUACAAGGUGUGAUCCGGAUAAAAGUCAUCGGUUGGCUCGUCAUACCCUUUUCAAGGCCUGCCUCCUGUUAGAAAGCAAAGAACUCUUGAUGGAUGUGGUAUUGCAGCUCUUAGUUAAACCAGAGCCUAUUGAUGCUCCAUAUCUUCAUCCUACAAUCAUGCAUGUGCUGAAACACCCUCCAAACCCAUGCACCCCUUCCUCAUAUAUCAAGCAUGUCUUGGUGUGUCGGUUGGCCAGGUAUAUCUUGCCACGGGACUUGUAUCCAGAAAUAACAAAACAACUGGAGUUUAACCGGAGCCUCUUGCCUCCUCAUGGCUUGUUAAAGUGGCUAGCUGACCUCUGCCCCCAUCUGAGCUGUGAACUCUCGACCAAUGCCAAGGAUCAUCUGAUGACCAGUUAUUUUCUUCAGAUUGCCUCCCAUGACCUCUGCAAUGAACUUCAGCAGAAUCUGUAUAACCAUCUAGGAUCAGUGAGCCUGGGAGAAGCACAGAAGUCAUCAGGAAUGAUGGAUGACGGAGCAGAUAGUCCUGACUGCACCGGUGCUAUUAACAUUGAUGGGGAUGCAGUCAUUCUAGAGUCUGAUGUGGAAGAAGUAUCAGGGAACCACUCCAAAGAUACCAGUGCACGUAGGGGUCAAACUGAAUCAAGUAAACAAACUGAUCAACCUGCUAACCAAUUCUACAGAGAUCCUAGUAGAAUUGUCCAGUCACUUGGUGUGCAAGAUCAAAGAGUUUCUGUUGUAGGAAAGACACUUUCUCAGAAUGAUGAUGAAGGACAGCCUUCAGAAGAAGUUUUGGUAAUUUCUCAAGAAAUUGAGUUAAUGGAUCAAAGAUCGCAGGGUGCUUCAACCCAAGUACCAAUUAUAAGCAAGACAAAGAAAGGAAAUGCUUUCAGGAAGGGCCAAAAGAGACAGGUGAACGCCAAUUUUCCAGAUGUUUGCAAGAAGGUAAAUGGGAAUUCUAGAAAUGAGGCCAGUACAGCAAGAAAUUCACAUCAAGGAAGUGAUGAAAUGAAAAGCAAAGAAGUACUGAUCACUGUACAAGAUAGUGAGUUGGAUGAGGAACAGCAAGAAGGUAAACCUUGUAAUGAAAUAGCUGUCAGCAAGAAGGCAGAAGCAAGGUGUGAAGAGAUAUCAAAGAAUGUUAAAAUACCUCCCAGCGCAGGCAAGCCACACGAUGCUGUUGAAGUAGUCUUUGGAACUGUCCAAGAGAAAGGGUCUUCAGAGAAACAGUUGGAAUGUGCAGGAGAUGAUCUCAGAAUGGAGAAGGAAGUGAAGAAAAGUGAGCAAGAUCUGCAGCAAGUUGGUAAUGUUACUCCUGUUCCUCCUAGCCCUAACCAGGGUGAGAAGGCACAGGAAACUGUAGUCUGUCAGAAGAGCAGCAACCCUAUGGAAGACAUUGCCAUCUCUGAUUCUUGCAGCGAGGAGUCUGUUGAUAUCAUUUAUGACACAGAAACCGAUCAUUCAGACUAUCUGACUCUGAGAAAAGCCAGACACCUGAGGAAAAUGUUUCCUCCUCAAGAUCCAUCAAAAGUAAGAUCCAUUGGUUCUUGUGUGGUAACAAGAAGCAGGUACAGGAAGUCAAUGCCGGAUGCUCAUUCUGUAAAACCUUUAAUGGACAGAACACCUAAAAAGCAUCAAAGCACAGGAAAGGAAUCUGAUGAGUGUCAAGAAGGUUCCCCAGUCUUUAAAUACACUCGUGAUAAACUUGUCCACAUUGACAAGAACAGAGGUUCUAUAGGAAAAGCCAAGAAAAUAGACACUGGCAAUGAAGUAUUUCCUAUCAUUCAAGAAGUGAGAGAAAGCAGGAUAUCUACAAAUGAACGAGAUCUAUCAAACGAUUUAGACAGCAAGACAUCUCAGGCAAAUGAAGUAAUUUCAAGCUGUGGACGGACAGCAAGAGUAGUGAAUCACAGAAAGAAGACUGAAAGUUCAAACUUACCAAACAUGUAUGAUGCUCCCAGCAUACAGAUGACAGAACAAUCAGUAAUUUCUUUUGAUUCAUCAGAAAAUGGUAUAUUGCCGAGUUGUGGAGUAAGGUCAGGGCUUAGAAGGUCACCUCGGAGACCCAAGCACCAAGACAAGGCAGAUGUUUUGGGAGUCUCUUCAGGUGAUAGUUACAGGUCAGAAUUUUCUAGUCUUGCCAAAGGGAGUAAAAAUGCAGGUGGUGAUGAUCCGACAUGCCUCGGGACAUCAGCUAAAAAGGGAAAGCCGAAUAACAGUUUAAAAUUGAAGGAGGAAGAAAGUAGGGAAGAUAAUCCAGUUGAUACAGCCAAGUCAGAUUCUUUGGUAGAUCACUCACAGGUUAGCAAUAGAUUUGCUUCAAAUCUUCAAAGAUCGUGUAGAAGGAAAGACCUUGAAGAAAAAUCACUAUCUUCUGCAGAAAAAGGAUUUCCAGACAGUGACACUUCCUUUAGAGAAAAUUUAAGACAGUCAAGGAAAAGUGUGGCACAAAAAAGUCAUUCUAGUAAUAGGAAUGAUGUUGAUCAAGUUGUCACACCUAGACAACAACAAUUCCUUCCUUGCAGAAAUGCAAAAGGGCGGUUUGUAUCAAGGGAGAAUGAUAGCUCUUGCAAGGGUCAUAACAGAGAAAAUUGUCCAGUUUCACUUGAAUCUUCCCAUCCUCGGGUCAGGUCACUCAGAAAACGAUCCUUCUCAGAAAGCUUUGCUGACCAGUCUUUAUGUUCUACAAACAUUCCCGCUUCCAUACCAACUUCUGCUGAGAAUGCUGCAUUGCACAGUAGAAGCUCCUCAAACGUUGGCAUUGAUCCUCCAGGUACCCAAGAAUUUGACCCAAUACUACCACAGAGUGAGUCACCAGCAAGGUCAAACAAUGUGAAUGGAAGAAGUUCAGGCAGGAUGAAAACAGAUGGCAAAGGGAGUCCUGCAAGACCAAAGACAUCAGGAGACAGCUUUUCAGAAAGCAGGACAAAGGAUGACGAGGAUAUUCCUCAAAGAUCGGAAGGUACUAGGUCGUUGACUAGUGGAGAUUCUGGUACAAGAACAGUAUCCACACAAUAUAGUCCAAGAAGCUCCAAAGUCAGCUCUCAACAUCGACUUUGUUCCUCUCCAAGAGUGCACCUUGUUAGAAAGGCGCUUGAUUUUGAAUAAGGAUCACAUUAGUUUUUACUCUUUUCUCAGAGGUUAACAUACAGAAGGCCUUAAUUGAAAAAAAUAAAGUUGACUUUUAGAAGAGAUAUUUGAUAAUUAUUACCAAGUAUCGCUGUACUUCCGAGAUAUGCUACAUAGUAUUUGCUCGGGAAAAGGAAAUUUAGUAAACAUAAUUGUUGU